AUGUCAAAUCAAGAUCCUUGGGGGAGUCAGAAACUUCCUUUGGGUCAGAAUUUUAAUGGACGUCAAAAUCCUCCAGUAUUACCACCUCCAGCUACUUUAGAAACAGGAGGACAAAAAUUCUAUCCUUUACCUAGUCUACAAAACCUAGGAAACCACCAAAAUCAUAGUUUUAACAUCCCAAGUAUAAAUACCAACGAUGAUAGAAUUAAUGGAAUUCAAGUAGGUGGUCAAGCACAACCACAAGCACAACCCCAACCAAAUCAAGUAAGACAAACAUUAGAAACUCAACCAACAAAUUCACAAAGUCCAGAAACUAAUCAAACUAAUGGACAAAGUCAAUCACCACAAAAUCAACCAAAUUCUUCUCCAUCAAAUCAAACAAUUCCAAUGCAACCAGUUCUUGGACAACCAGCAAGUCAUAUUCCAAGUCAUGAGAAUUUAACUCAAUAUUCGGCCAUUGCUGGAAUGAAUCAAAAUGUUCCUAAUAGAUCAACAACAUCUCAGGUUUAUCGUCCUUUAAAUGUCAAAGAUGCUUUAUCUUAUUUAGAUCAAGUUAAAAUUCAAUUUUAUAAUCAAGCUGAUGUUUAUAAUAAUUUCUUAGAUAUUAUGAAAGAUUUCAAAUCUCAAACUAUUGAUACUCCGGGAGUUAUCGAUAGAGUGUCUAAUUUAUUCAAGGGACAUCCUAAUUUGAUUCAAGGAUUUAAUACAUUUUUACCCCCAGGUUAUAGAAUUGAAUGUUCAUUAGAUCCAUCAAAUAAUAGUACUAUUAAAGUUCAUACCCCUGCUGGUACAACUACUGUUAAAUCAGGUAUGAAUUAUAGUGAAAGUUGGAAUGAACAACAACAAGCUCAAGCAGCUGAAGCAGCUCAAGCAGCUCAAGCAGCCCAAGCUCAACAAUUACAAUAUGAUCAACAAGCUCAAGCAGCUCAACAUCAAGGUGGACAAAUUUUGGCUCAAGGUCCUAAUAAUCAAGAGGGUAAUAGUGAUCAAAUGAAUCAUGCUAUAACAUAUGUCAAUAAGAUCAAAACUAGAUUUGCUAAUCAACCAGAUAUUUAUAAGCAAUUUUUGGAAAUUUUACAAACUUAUCAAAGAGAACAAAAACCAAUUGGUGAAGUCUAUGAACAAGUUACAUUAUUAUUUUCAAAUUCCCCAGAUUUAUUGGAUGAUUUUAAACAAUUUUUACCUGAUACUUCAGGCUCAACAACUAAUGGAUCAAUGAGUGCUGCAACAACUUCUGGUAAUACUGAUGGUACAUUUUCACAAUUACCACCAGUUGGAAAUUUCCAACAACAAAAUCCUGCUUAUUCAAAUCCUUAUGAAAUUCCUAAUAAUGAAAAUGUUCAUCAAGAUUGGAAUCAUCAAAUGGCUAGUCAAUAUCAACAACCAAAAUAUCCUGGCUAUGAAUAUGAUAUGAAUAAGAAGAUGGGUGAAGGAUAUAAUUAUGAAAACAAUUAUAAUAAUGAAGCUCAAUAUUCUUCAAUGAGAUCUGAUAUUCAACCAAAAAUCAAACCUGGCUCUCAAGUAUCAACUAAAAAUGGUAUUACUACCAUCACUAAUCCAACUUUAGUUCCAGGAAUACCUGAACCAGUACCUAAUUCAUAUUUAGGUAAAGCUUCAUCAAUUGUUGAAGAAAUGAACUUUUUCGAUAAAGUUAAAAAGGCUAUUGGUAACAAACAAACUUAUAAUGAUUUCUUAAAGAUUUUGAGUUUAUAUACUCAAGAAGUCAUUGAUAAGAGUCAAGUUGUUGAAAGAGUUGAAUCAUUUUUAGGUGAACAAAAUGAAGAUUUAAUCAAUUGGUUUAAAAUGUUUAUUGGAUUCGAUGAUAAACCUUUACAUAUUGAAGAUAUUCAUUUCAAGAAACAUCAAUUAGAAUUAUCAUUAUGUAAAGCUAAUGGUCCUUCUUAUAGAGAAUUACCAAAAUCUGAGACUUAUAUGCCAUGUUCAGGUAGAGACGAAAUGUGUUGGGAAGUAUUAAAUGAUGAAUGGGUUGGACAUCCAACUUGGGCAUCGGAAGAUUCAGGAUUUAUUGCUCAUAGAAAGAAUCAAUAUGAAGAAAUUUUAUUCAGAAUUGAAGAAGAAAGAUUAGAAUAUGAUUAUCAUAUGGAAGCCAAUUUGAGAACUAUCCAAACUUUAGAAACUAUUGCUAAUAGAAUCGCUAAUAUGACUCCUGAACAAAAAGCUAAUUUCAAAUUACCUCCAGGUUUAGGUCAUACUUCAGUAACUAUCUACAAAAAAGUCAUUAGAAAAAUCUAUGAUAAAGAUAAAGGAUUUGAAGUUAUCGAUGCAUUACAUGAAAGUCCAGCUAUCGCGGUUCCUAUUGUAUUAAAAAGAUUAAAGCAAAAAGAUGAAGAAUGGAGAAGAGCUCAAAGAGAAUGGAAUAAAGUUUGGAGAGAGAUGGAACAAAAAGUAUUCUACAAAUCUUUAGAUCAUUUAGGUUUAACUUUUAAACAAAGUGAUAAGAAAUUGUUGACUGCUAAACAAUUGGUCUCAGAGAUCAGUACUGUUAAAAUUGAACAACACAAUAAAAGAUUAUAUCCUUUAACACCAAAACCUCAAGAACAAUUGAAUUAUAAAUUCAAUGAUUUUGAUAUUAUCAGUGAUAUUUUGAGAUUAAGUGAAGUUUUCAUCAGUAAAUCAUCCAAUUAUUCAACCAAUGAUCGUGAAAAAUUAAGUCAAUUCUUUAAACAUUUCGUUUCAUUAUUCUUUGGUAAAGAAUUUGAAAGUAAAGAAGAACCAAUUGAAGUCGAAACUCCAAUUGAAUCCUCUGAAGAAUCUUCAUCAAUGGGAGAAUCAAGAAAACGUCAAAGAGAAGAUGAUUUAUUACGUAAUGUUUUGAAAAAACAAACCAGAAAAGAAGAUGUUCCAUCAAGUGAUUCUGAAGAUCUUGAUAUUAUUAACGAAGUUGAGAAAUCUAGUGAGUUAUGGAUUACCACUACUGGUAGAAAAUUCUCCUUAAAAGAUAAUGAAACUUCAUUAGAUAAAAGAGAUAUUUACAAUUUCUUUUGUAAUACUACAAUUUACGUAUUUUUCCGUCAUUUAAGAAUCUUAUAUGAAAGAUUAGAAGAAGUUAAAAGUAUGAAUGAUGAAGUUGCCAAAGAAAUCGAAGCAAGAACUUAUCCACAAUUUGCCAAAGAUUUAAACUUAUUAAGUCGUCAAUUUAAAGAAUUAAAUGUAGAGAUUUCUGGUAAAAAAGAUUGUUAUCAACAAGUUUUAUCACUUAGUGAAAGAUUAAUCGAAGGAGAAUUAGAUCAUCAAUGGUUUGAAGAAUCAAUUCGUCAAGCUUAUAGAAAUAAAGCUUAUAAGAUUUAUACUAUUGAUAAAGUUGUAAGUGCAAUGAUCAAACAUAUGCAUACUAUGAUAACUGAUGGUAAAACUUCAGAAAUGGUAUUAUUAUUUGAAAAUGAUAGAAAUACUCCAAUUUCUACUGCCAAAGAUCAAAUCUUAUAUCGUAUGAAUGUUAGAGGUUUAAUGUCAAAUGAUGAAAACAUGUUUAAGAUAGUUUACAAAGAAAAGGAAGAUGUUGUUAAUAUUCAAUUUGUUAGCUUAGAUGAUCUUACGUUGAAUGAUCACAAAACUGCUGAAGAACAUUAUAAUUAUUAUGUUACAAGUUAUGUUAUGUCACAUCCAACUGAGGGAGUUUCUGCUUCAAAGAUUAAUAUGCCAUUUUCAAAAGAUUUCAUUGAACAGAUUGAAGAAGAUCAAUGUAAUGGAUUUGUUGAUUCUAACUUGAAAGUUUCAAUUUGUGAAAAUUCUUACAGAUUAUUCUAUGAACCUGAUGGACAUGAUGAAUUCACUGCUAACACUAUUUACGAACAUCCUAUUGAAGAUAAUAAAUCAAGAGAUGAUAAGUUAUCUUUCUUGAAAAAAUUCAUCGAAGAUGAAGAAAUUGGCUGGAAACUGACUUUAAAAGAUGGAGCUAAUAGUGAAGUUUAUGAUAAUAAAAUCCAAGCUUUAUUUACUAAAGGUUUGAAAGAAUUCAAAGAUACCGUAGUUGGAGAUGAAGCCGAUGACGUAGAAGAGGAAGAAUCUAAAGAUAUUGUUAUGAAGGAUCCUGAACCUAAAGUCAUCGAUAAGAAAUCACAUCCUGAUAUGACCAUUGAUGCGGAUGUCACUGUUGUUCAAGAUCAUAAUGACACUACUAUUCAACAAGAUGCCAACGAUACUACGGCUGACGAUAAUACUGUCAAUGAAACCAUGUCAUAA